AUUAAAUUGUUUUAAUUCAUUGUUGCUUUUCCAAAAGUAAAAAUAUGAAGUUCAUUUUGUUAUUGAUUUCCCUUGCCGUUGUGGUAAUUCUUCCUCCGAAGGCUGAGGCAGACUCCUGUGAUUUCAUAAAGAGUGAUUGCUAUUUACCUACACACAUAGAUCCUUGCAAACCAUGGCCUUUAGGCGCUGCUCUUGUGUGGUCAUGGGACGUUGAGAAUAAUACUUGUGUUGAAAAAAUUCUCGAUUUUAACUGCCAACCCACUCGUAAUUAUUUUAAUGAUUAUGAUGAAUGCUAUAGGACAGCAGCACCAAUUUGUCACAAUCUAACGUUGUGAUUUAGUUAAAAUAAAGUCUAUA